CUCAGGACCAUGUCCGGCACGGCUUUGAUGUACAUGUUAGCCAAUAUGUUUUUGACGCAACUGUUUUACGUGGUCGGCGUCGGAGGAGUCCAGGUAAAAACUAUUGUAUAUGAGAACGUAAUACCCCUUUCCUCACCAAAAUUCGUUUGAAAAACUUUUUCACGAGAAACUCUAUACCAGUGGCGGCGCGAUAGAGUUAUGAAAUACUCUAUCGCGAUGGCCUCAUAACCAUUUGGGUGGUGGUACCCCUCGGCUAAAAUUAUGAAUUAUUGCCAACUGAUAGUUUAUUAUUAUUAUUUUUUAUUUUAAUACGGGAUUUACCCAAUUACAUGUUUUAAUAUAAACGAAACAUAUAUAACACAUAUAAGAACAUUAAUUAGCCCAACAGAGUUGAUGGUUCCUUAUUUGCUAUUCUCAUCAUUCUAUCAGCAAAAAAAGGAAGCGACAGUUAACAAUAUGAAUAUCAUUAAUAAAUAGUGCAAAUAACAAGGGGGAGACUUUUACUUAAUACUUUAUCGUUUAAAUAUAGGUUUAUUGUUAUUCAUAUAAAGUAAAUAUAUAAUUAUUAUUUAUAUUAAGUUAAUAUUUUAUAUUUCACUAAUUUACUUUAACUUUUAUUUAUUAAAUAUUCAGUGUUAAGGAAACCAGCAAACAUUUAAAUAAACCUAAUUUUUACGAAGAAGAUGAAAUUAAAUUUAUGAUUUUUUAAUUGUAUAAAUUAAUGUUUGAAAAAAAAUCCUACAGACUCCUAUGUUUUUUUUAUAUGGCUCAUCAUUUUGGUCAUUAGUCCGGUGUUGUCUUGUAUUGAUGGAUAGCAAAAUAAAAAUAGUUAUAAUGUAUUAUUAAAAUAUAUGAAGUGUCCGAGUUUAUUAAUAAAAUAUAAAAUCAUCAUGUCAUAAAUUAUAUAUUUGUGGAAUGGUAAAUUGGUGAAGAUGGGGGGCUUCGACUCUGCCCAAUAACACUUAGGAGGUGGUGAUCAAUCUUUAACAUCUACAUUUGCCCCAUAAAAUAUAAAAGUUAACUUCGCCACUGUUUUCAUAUACUAUUUCCAUAUUUAUAUUAAGGUUAAUAAUAUUUCACAGAACAUUAAGAACAACUUUAUUUGUGUCGUUCGUACACUUUUUUGUCGAAUUUUCUCUCAUUUAUUCAUCUUUUUCCCUGUUUGCAGGACACUUUUAAACUUAAGUGACCUCCCUGGACCAAAAGAGGGUAAACUCAGAUUUCUUAACUUGAUUUAAUUUUAUUCUAUUGCAUAUAAUAUAAUUUAGUCACUCAUUGAUGCAGAUAGCCAACCUGCUGAUCCCACAAUUUUUUAACUUAAUGAAAACUGCCUAAACGCAUCCUUUAAAAUACGGACGGUAGGUAGAACAUCAGCUUAAUUUUUAUAGCAACAGUGGUUGUGGGUAUUGUCUCUAAUUACCAAUUUUAGAAUUUUUUUUUCUUUCUAAGUUUUGUAAACAAAAUUGUAUUGAUUGUUUUUUAUUAAUUUAAUUUUUUCAUUAACUAAUAUUGAUUCAACUAUAGAUUAAUUUUCUCAAAUACAUUAUAAAUUCGAUUCUUUGUUCACAGUAAAUUUGCGUAUAAAGAUCCGUUAAGCAGCGAACCGAAAACAAACGAUAGUUUGGGUGCGUUUUUUUUUUUUUUUUUUAUCAUAAUUAGAAUUUUCCGUUCAAAUCCAGUUGUAAAACAAAGAAAAUUAACUCGUUUUAAAAAUAUUUUAUUGAUUUUUAAACUUAAAAAUCUAGCUGUACAUAACUAAAGCCAAUAAUUGUCUAAACGUAUUAUUAAGUCGGGAAAACGCGAUUUUCUCGGUGAGCCCCUGUUCACACGUAAUGAUGGGAGUCUCCGCCUCUGGUUUUGAGACCUUAUUUUAAGUUAGACUUUUUUCUUUUUAUUUAAAUUUGCUUUUCAUUUAGGGCUGGCUUUUAAAUUCGUAUGUUCCCAACAACAAGAAAGAUCCUACUGUUCGUCAUCUUGAACAUACCAGACAAUCUAUGCAACCAUGUAUUCAAGAUAAAUUUUUGGGAGGGGAGAGGUUUACAAUAUUUUGAAUACAUUAACUUGUAGUUAGUUUUUGUUAUAUUAUAAACAUUUACCUAUUUUAAAAAUGUUGGGGUCGUUUGAACCCCAAACCCUCCUUCCCUGUAUACGGGCUUGAAUCUAUGAAAUAUUUUUUUUCCAUUCCGUCAAUCGAACACUUCACUCAAACUAUGGACCUUAUAACCUGCCCCUAUAUUGUAACAUAAUAUUAUAUAAUACAAUAAAACGUGACUUUAACGGUUACUUACACCGCGGUGCUUUCAGUAUCCAUUAAACGAACCGAUAAUAACUUCCAAGACAUUCUUAUUAUGAUUUAUACGUUAAACAUGCAUUUUUAUCUUACAUAAAUAUUCGUUAUUUAACCGUGUUAAGUUGAUUAAAUGUUAAAAACAGUACCUAGAUUCUUUUAUAGCGUGGUUGCGAAGAAACUACAUUGAUUUCACAAUAGUUCCUUAUUUUUCGUAUUUUCUUCCGCCUUUUUUUUUUUUUUUUUUUUUUUUUGUGGUUUGUAUUUUGUUUUUUCUUUCGCCCUAUUUUUUGUCUACGUCCGCGUUUUUAGAUAUAGAAAAAGCGCAUUGAAAAUAUCAUUACACUACAGCGUCUCUAUAUAUCGAUUGUAAAUUAAAACACAAAGUGAACUUUAAACGGCCGGUCAUUCGUACAAUUUCCCAAGAAUUUUCAAUACAUGAAAACAAUAAAAUAAUUUGAAUAUCAAUAUUUGAUUUUUCUGCCAAUAAUUUCAAACAGAUUUGAGUUUUUUACGAUCUUCAAACCGAUAUUAUUUAUUCCGGGCAAUUUUUAUUGUUACAAUAUAAUAUAUCGUUUUGAAUCGUAAAAUACUGUAUAGUUUGUGUCGAGGUUGACCACGUAUCUCAAUUUUUUUUUCGUCGCCAUUUUCGCGUGGGCGUGCUACUGACAUCAAUUAUUAUAUUAUAGGUCAGAAGUUUACGUUAAUUAAUUAAUUUAACAGUAAUAAUAAUUAUUAUUAUCUAUAUUACAUACACUACAGGAAUAUGAUUCUGAAGGCAAGAUAAUUAUACACGAAUUUUAAAUAUUAUACAGGUGACCUAACGUGUUUGACGUAUUUUUCGGGAACUGUUAAUAAUUAAUUUGUUUUCAAUUUACUUUUCUUUGAGAAAGACGUUUAUUUAGAAAAAAAUUAAAUAUUUAUUUUCGUCCCCUAAUUUUAAAAUAAAAAAAAAAAUUAUAACUUUAUUUAAUUAGUUCACAAAAUUUUCAAAAUUGCAAUUUUGUAAAAUAUAUUGUUCAAAAUAUUGUAAUGUAUCAUAUAUAUUCAUAGGUAUAGAUUUACAUAGUUUUUUAAAAACAGCCGUUUGACGAGAUUGCCGCGUAACGCAAAAGGGAAUAACUUGGUUUAUUUUGUUGUAAAAUAAUAGAUUUUUACAGAAUUAAUCGAAAAUUAAAUUUAGUAAAUGAAUACUUAGUUAUAAUUAUUAUAAUUUUUUUUCUUUUUUAGCGAUUAUGCGAUGAAAAUAAAAAUUUAAUUUUUCUCUAAACAGAGACCCACCCAGUCCUAAAAGAACAGCAUGUUGAAAAAAAAAUUGAAAAAAAUAAAUACACUCAGAAUUUUUUUUCGUUAGUAAUGGUUGCUUACAGGUAUAUAUUACAUUAUUUACAACAAUGGCUCCACCAGUCCCCAUUAUUCUAGGAUGGAUUUUUUUUUUUUUAUUAUUUAAUUAAUUUGGUUGUAGUAUGGCAUAUAAUUAAAUUAUGUAGAUAAUUGUUUUAGAUUCUGAGUAGAGUAGAGAAUUUUAUGGUUUUACAAAGAUAUUUUUUUUUUCUGUGAACAACAUUUCUACCAAAAAUUUUGGUCAAACUUAUAAUUAAAUCAAUUUUUCUAAAAGGAAAUUUCUCUGGGAAGGUAGCUUUAAAGAGGUUAUUUUUUUAAUUUUCUCAACUAAUGAGAAAAACAAAAAAAAAAAAAAAAAAAAAAAAAAACAGGAAAACGGGAAAAUAUAAGAAAUGUAGGUAUUAGCUAAAAAUAUUAUAUUUUUUUAGAUUCCGAGCGUAGCGACGGAGAUUUGGUUUUACAAUGUUGUUUAUUGCUUUUUUUUUUUUUUUUGUUCUAGUCUGUGGACACGUUUUUUCUUAGUAAACUUGAUCUGAUCUUUACGAACUACAACUGUUCUGAAAGCUCAAGUUGUCUAGAUUUAACUUUAGAAAGAUUAAUUUUUUGAUUUUCAACACUUUUUUUUAAAUAAAAACUCUUAAAUGGGAAAAAACGUAGAAAAACGUACAAUUUCACGAUUGUGUUAUUUUAUAAAAACAGGGACGACGUUUUCUACGAGAAAAAAUUAUUUAAUCGAAAAUCACAAAAUACUUUUUUUGUUGUCUUUUUGAUUUACUUGCUUACAACAUCAUUGCCAAAACUUUUGAGCCACUUUUGCUUUGAGCUCUUAUUAGAGCUUUUGCAUUAAUAUUAGAGCUUAUGCUAUUGCAUACCAUAUUGUAUUACAACUAUUGGCAAAAUGGCCGAAAAAUUUCUUUGAGAGUUUAGUAUAUUAUUUAGCACACAAAAGUGAAACCUAACAAAUGAAAAAAAGGGAAUAAUAAUUUCUAUUCCUAAACCCGAAAAAGGAAUACUUUCCACUGAAUGAUACAGACUUAGCACACUUCUAAAUACAAUGUCAACAAUUAUGAAAAAAAUCAUAAAUAAAAAUCUAAUAUAUUAUGUUAUGGAAAAAAAGGAAAUAUUAUCCACUUAAUAUUAAAUAUUUAAAUAAUAAAUAUAUACAAUACAUCAUAUUUACCAUUUACAUUACAAGUUAAUAUCUUCUCCCUAUAAACUAAGCUUGUGUCGGUAGGAGAGAGUAUAUUAUAACAAAAAUUAUAUUUAUAAUUACAAGUUACAUUAAGAACUGUUAAAUUAUAAGAUAAGAAUAGAAUAUAUCAAAAUACAGUCAUGAAAAAAUCACAAUAACCCUUACAACAAGUAGAAUGAGACAUCAAUCAAACAAUCGCAUAUAUAGUUUUUUUAACCUUAGUUUUAAUUCAAUAUUAUUUUCUAUUAGUUUAAUCUCCGUAGGUAGUUGGUUUUAUACUUUAAUACCUUUAGUGAUAAAAUAAUUGGCCAUUAAUUUUGUUUAAUUAAUUACCACCAUUUUCUCCCUUUGUUUUAUACAUACUGUUGAUCUCAAAUUCUUUUCUAUACAUUUGUAUUUUCAUUACUGACAAUUUAUCGUAUAAUUGAUCAAUUGUUAAUGUUUUUAGUUUUUGAAAUAAAUCGUCUGUACUAAAAUUUCGAUUUAUAUAAUAAUUUUUUAUUAAAACUCUAAUGAGCAUCCUGUGAAUUAUAUUUAAUCACACUUUUAUAUGCUAAACCCCGUACAUAUAAUCCAUACAUUAAUAUAGCUUGGCAUAGAACCAAAUGAACCAUUUAUAGAAUAAGAAUAUUAAGAAUAUACCUUAGCUCUUUAAAAAUAUAAAAACAUUUCCUUAUUCGAGUAAUAAUCAUCAUUUCUAUAUGACAUUUCCGUUUUAAGUACUCAUCAUAAAUUACACCUAAGUAUUUGGUUGAACUCACUUUAGAUAUAAUCCUACAAUUAUUACCACAUUAACCUGUUAUAUUUUAGAUUCUGAGUGUAGUGAAGAAUGUAUUGGUUUUACUAAAAUGUUUAUUUUUUCUUUUUUAUUCUGUGUACAAAAAUUCGACCAUAAAUCUUGCUCUCAGAUAUGGCCUCAUAUUGACAUCAUUUCUGAAAGGGAAUGUUAUUUAGAUAGUACCUUUGGGAGGUCAUUUUUUGAUUUUCCAAGCGGUUUUCAUAAUAUCUGAGAAAAACGUAAGAAAAACGGGAAAUGCACGAAAUUAAUGCUUUUAUUAUUUUAUCAAUUUUGUUAUUUGUCGUAAUUCAGUUAAAAAUAUUCGUAGAGACUUGACAUUUGGACAGAAAACAUAUUUGCCUUUUCUAGACGUGACGAUUGAUGGGAUGAUAACAACUUUGACUUUUCGAUUAUUUAACGGUACACCAAAAAUAAAUGAAACACAACACAGAGUGAUCACUAGAAAUAAACUUGACAUUGUCAAAUAGCAUGACACUUCUCAGUUGACCGCCAUGCAACAACUGACCAGCCACCGGAAACCGCAAAUCGUUAGUUUCGUCAGUCGAAGAUUUUGCUGUUCAAAUGUUUCUUGCCAUUGGCUAUGUCGAUAGUCGCGCCUGUUAAAUUGCGAUCCUUGGUAAAUUUUUCGCACAGGCAGUGUUUACGUUUUGAUCACGUAACAAACGAUGUGCGCUGUUAAAUAUAUUCUCAUGUACCGUCAAAAUAAAUUUUAUUCUAUUAUUUUAACAUCAUGUUAUAGAAUAUAUUUUUAUUAGAUAGGGACAAUAUUUUAUUUCUUCAUCGUGGGCGUACUCACAGAGGGGGGAGUCAUGGCGUUUAAUCUCCCCCUCAAUGGCCGUAUUUUUUUUUACAUUCAAUUCGUAUUAUAUUUAUAAAGAAUGUGAAUAUUUAUUGUUUCAUCUUAUAAUUAAUUGUAAAUAUUAAUUAUUAUUAAAACCUAACUAAAUAUAUUUUUUCACAAAAAAACUAUUAUAAUAAUUUACUAAUUAUACUAUAAAUAGUGAUAGCUCAUUAAUUUUAAGUUCCAAGCGAAACAAGAAUGUAUUGGUUUUACAUAGAUGUUUAUUUUUUAUUUUUCUAUACAGUGUACGAAAAUUCUACCAGAAAGCUUACUCUGAUGUAUGCGAUAUAUAUCCUUUUCUGAAAGGAAAUUUUCUUGAGUUGGCACUUUAAGCAGGUCAUUUUUUAAUUUACCCAGGAGUUUUCUCAUCAACUGUGAAAAUUCGAAAAAAAUAAAGGAAAAACGGGAAAAUGUACGAAAUAUAUUAGUAUAAAAUAUUACGAUUUUUUUUCUGCGAACAACUUUUCUACCAGCCAUUUUGCUCCGAUUUACAAUGAUAGCAAUUUGUCUGAAAGGAAAUCUGACUGGGGAAGUACCUUAAGGAAGACAUUUUUCGAUUUUCUCAAGUUUUCCCAGCAAAUGUGAAAAACCGGGAAAAAACAUGAAAAAACAAAAGAAAAACGGGAAAAUUAGAUUAUUAUUAAAUAAAUAUUAUUAAAGAAAAUAUAUAAUACCUAUUUAGUUAUUCAAUAAUUUACCAUAAUAUGACAUACGAGGGUUGUCCCAAAAAUUAAUGCACAAUUUGCUCUGAAUAAAUAAGUUUUUAUUUUAAACUAAAUACAAUAUUAUAGACCUUCGAUAUAAUCUCCCUGCUUGUCUAUACACGAUUGCCAUCGUUUCGGGAGCGCUUGAAUGCCGCAUAGGACGUCAUCUUUGUCGAGUUCACGGAUCCUUCGGCUCACUUCUUCAUUUAGUAUAUCUAAGUUGGGAAAACGGAUCACUCUAAGUGGUUCCUCCAGUUUUGGAAAUAAAUCAAAGUCCGGGGGACUUAAAUCCGGUGAAUACGGUGGGUGUUUGAGGCGUUCCCAACCAUAUUUCUCCAAAAGAGCGACGACUGGUGCUCCGAUAUGUGGCCGCGCAUUAUCGUGCAAUAUGGACACACCAUUUUGUAACAUUCCUAGUCGCUUUUUACGGAAUUCUGGUCGCAAUUUUUUGGCAAGGAAUGUUUUGUAGUAAUUUUCGGUUACACUACUGCCAAUUGGAACUCGAUCAGUGACAAUUAUCCCAAGUUUAUCGCAAGCAAAAAUCAUCAUUUGUUUCACCUUUGUUUGCUAGCGACGAACUUUUUUUGCUCUUGGUGAUGUUAUUCCCUUCCAAAUAUUGCUUUGAGAUUUUAAUUCCGGCUCAAAAUCACGGAUCCAAGUCUCAUCUAUUGCAAUUAUACGAUCAAGAAACGUUUCUUUUUCAUUUUCGUAGCGAGAAAGGAGUUCACGGCAGAUGUCUUUGCGUGUAUCCUUCUGUUCCGGUGACAGAAAAUGAGGCACCCAACGUGCUNCCGACGAAUUGUUCUCACUUUCGUUAUCGCUCUCACACAUCAUCAUACUUUACUAAAACAACUAAAACUGAAAACGCACGUGUUCGUUAGACUUCAAGCUACAAACUGAUACUAAAAUCAGCUGAUAAUAUCACAUUGCAAGACAGCUAGAGCGCGCUGUGCAUUACUUUUGGGACAACCCUCGUAUAUUUUUGACAAAGCAUCAAUAUUAACUGAACUCCGCUCAGAAUCGUUUUUUCGUAAGCAAUCGUCGCAAUCGUUGCUUACGAAUAUACAUUGAAUUCUCUUUUGUAUCCUACCUUCCCAACUUCCCACCUACAACAGUGGCUACACCCACGUGCAAAGUAUGUCCGUCUUUUUCUUAUUUUAGACGUUUUUUAUAUAAAUAAUAAUAUGUUUUUAAUUGCAUGAGUGCAUUGAGUGUUUCGCGUUUUUUACAGCUACAAUAUGUCAUCUCGGCACUGAAUUUACAACGGCGUGGCCGCAGCCCGCGUUAUUAUAGCGUAAUAAUAAAAAUACAUUAUUACGUUUACAGGAAGACAACCUCUGUUUGUGUUUGGCGUUCGGUAUACACUACCUCCGUUUGGCCGUUGUCAGUUGGCUGUGCGUGAUGACGUACGACAUGCUAAUCACAUUCCGCAACAACGUGAACCUCAACCCUCGACCGGAACCGGUGAACGUUCUCAUAUCGAGGUUCGUCAAGUACAGUUUGUUCGCUUGGGGCGUACCGUCACUGUCGGUGAUUUCGGCGAGCAUCAUGCGAGUGACCGUGAACCGCCAGGCCGUGGACAACUUGAACCCGUACAACUGUUGGUCAGUAUCGUAGUAGUGUUUAUUCUCAACGUUUAUUUCGUUAUUAAAAAAAAAAAAAAAAAAUAAAAACAUAUUGUUUAUCCGUGUCCGCCGCCAGAGCACGCAGGACUACUCCUCGGGAGCGUCCGGGAAUCGGGACACAAUAAUGAACAUUCUUUCUAAAUACAAUAUUUUAAAUUUUAAUCGAAUAAUACACGAGUAUAAUAUUUAUAAUAAGUACUUUACUAGAAACGACCGCGUGCCUUAUGAAAAUGAUACCAAACUGUCCUCCAAUAUUAAAUUGUGCAGAGUUAUCAGGGUUUUCAAUAGUGGUUAUCGGUUACAUUAAAAUUGAAAAUGUAGAUACAUUAAAAGCGAAUAAAACGAAUUUUAAUUCGAAAGAAUUAUAUUCGUAAUGAUUAGUAAAAUUACAUAAUACGAACAGGAGAAAAACACCAGAUUAGAAUUGAUGAUAUCUGCAUCACAUUAUUUAUUUAUUUUUUUAUUGUAUUAUUUUUUAAUAUUUGAAAAAAAAGAAAUGAUCUAUGUAUUUAUUUACUAUUUAUGACUUAUUUUAUUUUAUUUUUUUUUAAUGAUCAUCGCGAAUGAGAAAAAAAUUAAUAAUUGUUUUCUUCUUCUAUACCAUUUAGGUUCAUUGUCGCAACAACCACUUGUUACCAUUGAUUUCUUCCUUAGCCGGUUCUACUCCGUUCUCAAUUCCAAGUUCUUCUAGGUCCUUGGUUACUCUAUUCUUUCAACUUUGUCUGUGGUAUUCUCUUGGCCUUUUUUGAUUGGUAUCCAUUCUUUAACCUGUCCUAUUAUUCCUAUUACAUUUUAAAACACCAUUGAUUGCCGCUUCUUCGUACAGGCCUUAGAUAUCCUGAUUUGUCCUUAUCUCAUAUUCUCCUUCGUUUUUAAUAUUGGGUCGAAAUUUGAAUUGGUCCGAUUUUGUUGUGGCCCCCGCACCACAUGCAUAUAAGGCUACUGGUCUUACUGGAGCUAAUCGUGUACGGUGUUUCAGGUUUUUCGAGAAGACAAUCUAUAACGUUACGUUCGCAAUGCCGGCGCUGUGCCUGUUCGCCGCAAUCAUUGAUUCGCUGGUCCGCAGCUGGCUGACCGCCCGGGCCACCGUGGGCCUUCAGGUAGACAAAAAGACCCGGCUGAAAAUGCACCGGAAACGCACGCUGCAGCUGCACCUGUACGUGAAGAUCGCCGCGCUGCUGUUCGCGGUCAACGCGUUCGGAUACGUGGCCCGGAACGGUUCGCCCGCCGCCGACCCGGUCGCGUGGAUCGCGUACAACGUGGGCCACUCGCUGCAGGGCAUACUGGUUGCCCUGGCCGUCACGUGCAACUGUCAGGUGCUGAAGAUCUACACGCGAUCGUUCACCCGGCGUCGGCGGCGGCUGCGGCCGCGGAACGGCAGCGCCGCGGCGCUCGUCGACUGCAAACGCGACGGAGACAUCAGCGACACGACGUACCUGCAGAACCUCACGUGGGACCCGGUCCCGCUGCCCGUUUAGAUACAACCGCCGCGGAUCGCCGAGACUUGACGUGGCGGGGACGCGAGGCCGCCCUCUCCUCGUCGUCCUCCACUACCGCCGCCGAUCCGUCCACGAUCGCCGCCACGCCACCCGUCGACCCAACAUCGCUACACCCACCGUCCCGCAAGACCGCCGUCACCGUAUCACCUAAGCUUAUCUUAUCUAGCGCACGGUUUUACAUAACAAUGAUAUAUCGGUGUAACGUCAUCCGGUACGAACCGCACCGCGAUCGUCAUCAUUGUCGCGUAAUCAUUACAAACACAAUGUUAUAAUAUAGUUAUCAGCCGUUAUCCGUGUUAUUGUUACACGGCGUACACGAAUAACAAUAAACCCAAUACAAUUUUAAUAUUGUGCAUAGAUAGGUUUUUAAUAUUAGUAACCAUAAUAUUAUUACGUGCAGUGUUGAGACUCAAAAAUAGACACGCAUUCACGCGUCCGGACGGCUCCGAAGCUAGAAAAAUAUUAAUCGAACGGGUAUUCGAUGUGUUUUGUUUUUUUUUUUUUUUAGAAUGUUACCGUAUUCUCAAAUAAAUUGUACCCAAUCUAUAAAAACAUUCAAUGUGUUUAAUUGUUGUUGACAAUAUUCCAGCGUCGCCCAUCGUGUGUAUAGUGCAGGCGCGUGUAAUUUUGAUGUAGAAAUUGAAAAAAAAAAUACAUAUAAAAAUAGCGAACAAUAUCCAACACCGAAAAUCGCGCGUUAGUCUAUAAUUCUCGUAUUUUACCAUUAGGCAAAUUGUAAUUUGCAUACUUGUAUGUAACAUUUUAACAUACUAAUUAGGCGUUCGUAAAAUAAGACUAUCAAAUUUAGGUAUUUUUGUCCCACCCGGCCCGUGAAACCUUAAUUUUGAAAAUAUAUUUUACCUUUACUCUUGUCAAAAUGUAAAUUUUGUUACGUGCCCAAACAUUGGCGGCUAUCAUGCUAAAUAAUGAUGCAUCAAUUUUAAAGCCAUAAACCACCCAAUCACCCUAACAAAAAAUUUGUAUGGACUAUUAUGUAACUACUAUGUACAGUAGACAUUCAUAACACAAUUAUAUUAUUAUUUAAUCCUUUAAUAGUAUGACUUUAUACAAGUCAUGCAUCCACCACAAUCACCCACCCACCUGAUUUCAAAGGUGUAUCGACAGGUACACUUUUAGUAUGGGAUAGCCGCCACUGUGUCCGAAAGUUGAGUUAUUUAUAUAUUAUAAGAUAAAAGAUAAUUAUCUGGAUAAAAAAAAAUAUGUUAAAAAAAAAAAACUACUUGCACACAGUAGACAAUUUUCAAUAAACCGUGAAAUUAUACUUGGUGUUCGUAUUUACGCCCUUUACAUUUUACAUAAUUAUUUUGACCGUUAACAAUUUUUAUUUCUGUUAUAAUAUUCUCAAAAACAUUAAACAGUAAUUAAAAAAUAAAAAUAGACCUUUUUCAUCUAGAUAAAUUCCACUCGUAUAUUAUUUGAUCUGAGAUCUAGAUGAUUUUGGAGCAGUUGUCUUUUAUUUUUGUCUAGAUAAAUUUGUUUUGUAUUCGUCUCAACACUGCUUAUGUAUGACCUUGUAUUUAUAAGAAAACUCUCAUAGUUGUCUUAUACGCUUAAAAAAAAAGAUUACCUAUGAUUAAGUCGGUGGUGAAAAUGUAAACCUAUGUUAAUACACGUAUACAAUAUACACAUUAACAUAUUAAUAUUGUGUAUACAAAUUGCCAUAUUAUAGUCGAGAUUUUAAACAUAAUAAUUGUAUACGAUUAUGAAAUACAACUAAUUGGAUCUUCUGUUGUGUCCGUAGGCGCAAAUAUUGUUUUCAAAUACAUGCACAUCACUUUCUUAUUACGAGCAAAAGAAGCAGUGUAUUGAAAGCCAAAAAAUGUACAGUAAAAGAACAUAUUCCUACCAUAUCAAAUUUUUGGGAGAGCCGGUCCCCCUCCACUAACUCCCUCGUUAUCGUUGUCGUUAAUGAAGUUACUUCAUGUAUCGUUAAUAUCAUUUAUCAGCCUAUUUAUUAAUUAUGAUUUAUAAUACAUAUAAAUGUAUGAUAAUUAUAUCAAUACGAAUAAUAAUAUAUUACAGAAAAGAUGUUUUUCGUCACACAGAAAAGUUUAUGCAAAAUAAAAAUCUUACAACAUGUUAGGAACAUAUAUUUCCCUCACUCUCUCUUUCUCUCUCUCUCUCUCUCUCUCUUUCUAUCUCUGUUAUUUUGGCGAAAAAUGUACCCGUGUGUAAUACAGAAAAUCUAUAAAAUCUAUAAAAUGUAAAAUUGUAAUGUCAAACAUUUAUCUACAAUAUAUGCGUAAUAGAUACGUAUAUAGUACAACAAUUAAUAGUUGAAUUUUAAGUAUUAUUAUAAUUUUAUAUUUCAUGCAUGGUUUUUUGUUCUAAAAAAAAAAAAAACGUUAAUUUAUUAUAACGUUUAUAACAUACUGUACCUAUAUUAUAUGAUUAUG